AUGGCUGCCGGGGGCCGCCGCCGCUGCUGGCCGCUGGUGGCGGCCGGAGCCGCCUGCACGGCGGCGCUGUGCCCAGGCCUCGGCGCCUUCGCGCACGGCGCCCAGCGGAGCGCGCUGGUGGCCACCCGCGGGCGUGUGCGAGGUGCCACCCAGCUGCACGCGGUGGAGCCCGUGGACAUCCAGAUUGGCGGCCUGGAGAAUUUCACCGGCAACUCCGCGGCGCUCUGGACGACGUUCUUGGUGGUGUUCCUGUGCUUCCCGGGCGUCGUCAGCACCAUCAACAGGACUGGGCAGUGGGUGACCGGCGCUGGCGUAGUUCCGCCGCUGCCCCCCCGGCCGCCGCUGCCCCGCUGCUGCAUGCUGCUUUUCCGCGAUGGGCUUCAGAGGAGGAGCAGGUAA